UAUAUAUAGAGAGAGAAGUGUGAGACAAUUGAGGUUUCAUAACAUCGCUGAACUAAACUAAAGAAUGGAAGAUUUUGAGAAGAAGCUCUCUCUCGAUGAACAAAUGGAGGAAGAUCGGAAAACCGAUUCCUCUAACACUCUCUCUUUGCUCCGCCAGUUUCUCGAAAUCCAGCAGCGUAGAGCUGAAGCUUAUUCCAAGCUUAAAAGGGGGUUCGAUGAGUAUAUGACUUCAGGAAGGGAGAUAUCUUACCAACAGCUUUGCAGUGAGAUCACUACGGAAUUCAGUAAUUGCUCUAAACAAGUCAUUGACAUCGAAUCGAAUUUCCGGAGUUCAGAUCAUAACAGGCUCGAGUUAGCCAACCAGCUUAGAUCUGUUCAAGAACAAGAAAAGCAGAAAUUGCACCUGACAGCUCAAAUUCAGUUAUUGAAGAAAGCUGGCCGCCCAUCAGAGCGCUUGGUGAGCCACGAGAAUUGUAGAUUCAAUGCACCUCGAGAGCACGAGUGUGUGCAUGUCCAUGAGAUAACCGAAGCUUCAGGUACUGAGGAAGCAGAAGCAGAUGCGGAAUACGACAAUGCUCUAAAGGAAGCAAUCAAAGGUGUGCAGGAUGCUGUGACGACCAUAAAUGAGCACAUGGAGGAGGUGAGAUACGAGAUCGAAGCUCUCGAAGAUAAGUAAUCUUGCAAUACAUCUAUUAUGAUAAUUUGAACAUCCUUCUUUCUAUGCAAUUGAAUUGGCUACUGAAAUAUCUAUAAAUGAAAUGAACCACAUCAAGAAAGAAUUUGAUAAAACAAAUCAAAUUCCAAUUCACUUUAGUUCAUCUCUAGUUGCUUCCUAGAAUUCCUACAUAGUUUAAUUCUUCCUAGAAGACAUUUUUGAGAAAUUGACUAAAUGUGUUUGCUUCG